CGCGCGUGGUGGGCGCGAACAAUGUGGCUGCCAGAAAAGGCACCGAAUGUGGCUGUAAAGGAAAGGUGAUUCCACGCGACAGGUGGGUGUUUUUUCCUCGCUUCUUUGACUCUGUGGUUGUGGUCUUGGUGUUUUUACCACCUGACACGCUGGGCAUAAAAGCGCGAUCCGAAGUCUGACUGAAAGAGUGUUUUUAGGGCAAUGAACGCUGGACCUACGAUUCGCCGCUUUCUCUUAUGUUCUCCUGCUUUUUGUUGCGGUUUGAAAAACUGACAGAUGUCGACUGAGCGACGGGCGGCAUGAAGUCCAAACGAAAAAUAGGUUAUUCUUGCGUCUGUGCCUAAUAAAAAUGCGUGUUAACUAAAGCAAAUGUCGCGACGUUUAACUGCAGCUGUCAGUUUGCUAACUAUGGGCGUUUGACCAUUAAGAGUGAAAGCAUGGCAUUGUUGUGUUUGGAGCUCGCUAGCCAGCUGCUGCUGCUGUAGCUAAUGCUACCUGGUUAUGUGCAAUGCUUCCCUAGCAAGACGGCUAACUUUCAUACACAGCGAUGUCACGCUUUACCUUUAGCUAACGACCUUCUCUUUAACAGCCUAUAUGUUACCUGACUGGUGAUAUUGGAUAUCUAGACGUCAGUUUAGGUAUCUAGAUAGUUGCGUUCCCCGCAGAAGUUGACGAGCGGAUAUUUGCUGUCUAAGGAAACACGACCAGGGAGAUUUUAUGGAGGUUUAUGGGCGAGUUCUGCCACUGGAAAGUUUAUGAUGACUAGGGAACUAGCUGCGUACUCUUGCUUUCUGGGUAAUCGAAACCUGGGCGAGAUAAUAACUUUAAUUCACAGGCUAGUUUGCGAUCUAUGUACUUUUGUAAGAUGCGUUUCGUUUCUAGAUAUUGGGUAACAAGCUGUUGAAGACACCCUUGCUGUUUUAACUGAGCAAUAAAGCCAGCUAAUUCCAGGCUGUCAGUUACAUGUCAGUAAACAGUCCAGCUCUGACUUGCAUGCAAACGUGAUCAUUAUACAACGCCCUCCAUAUUUUGUUUUCGACACCGCUUGUGCCAGGAAUGACUCGGGCGGUAAAGCCUGAUAUGUCACAUCAGUUAAUCCCUCGUGCAGUGUGCUGAGAAGCGAACGCCUGCUGCCUUAAACUGCUAACCUUUAGCUCGCCUCGUCCGUGGGGGAAACGGACACGCAUGUCUGCUAGCUAUCCGUCCACGUGACGUGCGUGAUCAGUUCGUGCAGGCUGUCAAAAUAUGAGAAGUUCGGGGACAAACUCGGAGUGAUUUGAAAACCAUGUUUUUGCGUAACAUUUUACCCAGACCGUUACAGUAUUGGAUAAUGACAUCUAGGAGAAACUGAAAGCGAGCGUAUUCCUCCCCAUCAGAGAAGUGCUUGCCCUGGGGCGGUGAGUUUGGGCACGGGGAGAUCAUUCAUAUAAUAUCUCAGGAGUCUGGAAAAUAUUUAACAGCAGUCACCUGAAUUACUGUCCACGUGCGACCGCACAGCCAAUCUUACAGCGAGAAAAAAAGGAGUGCGUUUGAUCCGGGUUAAAAAGUAAUCCCCGGCAGUUAGAUGCCCAGUCUGUCUCGAGUAUGCGGGGGAAACUGCGGCGUGGUUCUUGACCAGGAUACAUGUCAGCCCAUGUGACCAUCACCGCUGCAGCUACCUGUAGGUCAGGCUGCGGAGAGGUGGGCAGACGAUGGUGAGCAGCCAGCCCAAGUACGAGCUGCUCCAGGAGGUGGGGCGGGGCACGUACGGGGUGGUGUAUGAGGCGUGGGCGCGGAGCAGGGGGGCGCGCGUGGCGGUGAAGAGGAUCCGGUGCCAGGCGCCCGAAAACGUGGAGCUGGCGCUGCGGGAGUUCUGGGCCCUCAGCAGCAUCCAGAGCCAGCACCCCAACAUCAUCCACCUGGAGGAGUGCGUCCUGCAGCGGGACGUCCUGGCACAGAGCCUCAGCCACGGCUGCAGCUCCCCCCUCUACCUGGAGCUGGUGGAGACGUCGCUGAAGGGUGAGAUAACCUUUGACCCCCGCUGUGCGUACUACCUGUGGUUCGUCAUGGACUUCUGCGACGGGGGGGACAUGAACGCGUACCUGUUGUCGCGGAAACCCAGCCGCCGCACCAACACCAGCUUCAUGCUGCAGCUGGGCAGCGCGCUGGCCUUCCUGCACAAGAACCAGAUCAUCCACCGCGACCUCAAGCCCGACAACAUCCUCAUCUGCCAGGACCGCACCCCCGCCGGCGGCCCCGACCCCACCCUCAAGGUGGCCGACUUCGGCCUCAGCAAGGUCUGCUCCACGUCGGGCCUGAACCCGGAAGAGCCCGCCAGCGUCAACAAGUGCUUCCUGUCGACGGCGUGCGGGACCGACUUCUACAUGGCGCCCGAGGUGUGGGAGGGGCAGUACACGGCCAAGGCGGACAUCUUCGCGCUGGGCGUGAUCAUCUGGGCCAUGGUGGAGCGCAUCACCUUCGUGGACGCGGAGACGCAGAAGGAGCUGCUGGGGGGGUACGUGCAGCAGGGCUCGGACAUCGUGCCCCUGGGGGAGGCGCUGCUGGGGAACCCCAAACUGGAGCUGCUCAUCCCCGCCCGCAAGAAGAGCAUGAGCGCCGCCAUGCGGCAGCUGAUCCGGGACAUGCUCUCGGCCAAUCCGCAGGAGCGGCCCGACGCCGCAGCGCUGGAGCUGCGCCUGGUGCAGAUCGCCUGCCGAGAGUGGGACUGGGACACGUGAUGGGGCUGCGCGCACACGCGUGUGCAGGGACAUACAUACACACACAC